AUUUAAAAAACCAUUUAAAGGCACUAUCUUUCGUUAUCCUCUUCGUGAUAAUGAUCAAUCGGAUAUUUCUAAAAAAAUUUAUAAGACACAAGAAAUCUUGGAAAUGUUUCAUAGGUUUUACGAAAAUGAAAGCAUCAAUUGCUUAUUAUUUUUAAAACAUGUUGAACGUAUUUGCUUCUAUGAGUUGAAAGAGGGCGCUAAUAAACUCGAAUUGCUUUAUACAAUCCAAUUGGAGAAUGCUGAUCAAGUUCGAAGCCAACGUCGUUUGAUAUCUGAAAAUAUUGUACCUAUGAUGAAUUCGCUGAAAUCAAAGGAACUAAGAGACGACCAAUUAGAAACAUCAUCAUAUGUCGCAUCAUUCUCUAGACAGGAGAGAGGCUGUAGUAAAGAAACUAACAAUUGGUUGAUUUUAAAUUAUCUUGAUAGUUUACUCGAAACCGAAGCAUAUUUUCAGAAAAAUUUUAAGAGAAAUAUUGGGGAAUAUAAAUUUAUUCCAAAUGUUGGUUUAGCUCUACCUUUGAGUGAUUUAGAAGUUACUGGAAAAUUAUUUUGCUUUUUACCUCUUCCAGUUAAUAUGCCUUUUCACGUUUCCGUGCAUGGAUAUUUUGCGGUUAGUACUAAUCGACGUGCUCUAUGGUCGGCUGCAGAUAAUGAGGACUUGGCGGCUGAUGCAUUGGCUCGUCUGAAGGUUGAAUGGAAUCGAUAUUUAUUUGAAAAAGUUUUACCCAAAGCUUGGGCAAAAUUUCUUCGCGAACUACCGUUCAAAAUCCCUAGAGUUCAACCAAAGGAUGUGCAUAAAUUCUGGCCAAUAGUAAAUAGGGACAAAAAAAGUGCAUUGAUUAGUUUUUGUAAAGAUCUAUUGCAAAACGUUGUAUCAAAUCUUGAUAUUGAGGACCAUGUGUUCAAAGGACCUUCUACAUCAAAUACCAUCGGAACAGUAAAUGGAGUACCGAAUGAUUCAUAUGAUACAUCCUCAUUUCAAGAAUCUAAAUUUUAUUGGCUUUCGAUAUACAAUGGCUAUUUGAAAGAUGAAAAAUGGCCUAUUUAUGAUCUAUAUGAUACAAUUGAAAAUAUUGGAUUUCCUAUUAUAUUAAAUUCGC